AUGGGAGUAUGUGUGGAGCCCACGCGACCAUGGCAAGGUGACCACGCUGGUGAAUUCAUUCUGAAUCCGACCGAACCGCGACUUCCAUCGUCGUACCGCAGACCGCGAAUCACAGGGACAGCUAGCCGGCGGUACCGCGUCGCACUUCGCGCCUACUUGUUUACGUUCCACUACUUGAAGUUCUACACGGAAUAUGUCUACGCUAUCUCGGUGACCCUGGAUCAACAAGGUAUUGGUCAGGAACUUGGUGUUAGUCAAACAACGGUAUCUCAGACUGUGGAUAGAGUUGUGAACAGCAUAGUUGCACAAUCGACCGAACGGAUCAAUAAAAAUACGGAACGGUCUGGGUAAGCUCUGGAGUACAACUGUCAGUGAUGCUGAGUGAACGAACUCCCACGUCAACUACAAGAUGGAACAAGUCAG